AUGAGACGUAUGCGGAUGCGUAGUGGGGAGAGGGGAGGUAGCAAUUCCACUCCUUCGUCUCCUACCAACUCUAGUGGACAAGAUCAGGAAGAUCAGGAUCAGCAAGAGCAAGAGCAACAAGAUCAGGAACAACAAGAUCAGCAAGAUCAACAAGAACAAAGUGACGAAUCGUCCAAUUCCAACGGUCCCUACAAAAAGAGAAAGAUUAUAUCUACUAACGCUGACAGUACCAUGCCCACACAAACACCAGCACAUACUCAUACUGCUUUCAGGAGCAAUGUCAGCCCAAAGAGAAAGAAGCACAGAAGCAAACACAAGAAUAAAAACAAGGACAAGCAGAAGCAACACAACCAAAACACAAGCAUCAGCAUAGCAUCAGACAAACACAGAGCCAACAAGCAGACACAGCAAAUUUGA